UCAGCUGCUCGCUUCACUCCAGCGCGGCUGUGGCUCGGGCUUGUUUUGGCGGUGACGCGGCGGAGCAGCCGGCCGAGCGGCAAAUGAGUCAGCAGCGCCCAGAGCGUCGCUUUUUUCUGAUGUGCCACUAAAACAAGCUCUAUUUGCGAAACUUUACGCGUUGGUUACCAGAUUAUCAGUGAAAAUGGCAGUACCUGCAGCCCAGAAUCUGCAGCUGAACGCGGGAAGACGAAGCAGCCCUGUGAGCUCUUCGGAAAAUAACAUUCACAUCGACGAGAGAGAAUUGGAAAACAUCACAAACAACGUCGAAGACGGGACUUCACUCCCAUUGCAUUCUCCAUGGACCUUCUGGCUCGAUAGGUCAUUACCGGGGACAACAGCAGCAGAGUGUGAGUCAAAUCUGAAAAAGAUCUACACAGUACACACUGUUCAGAGUUUCUGGAGUGUGUACAACAACAUCCCUCCUGUGUCAUGCCUCCCACUGAGGUGUAGCUACCACUUAAUGCGAGGAGAAAGAAGACCACUAUGGGAGGAAGAAAGUAAUGCAAAGGGAGGUGUGUGGAAGAUGAAGGUACCAAAGGAGAGCACAUUAGCUGUGUGGAAAGAGUUACUGCUCGCUACUAUUGGUGAACAGUUUACUGACUAUUGUGCAUCAGAGGAUGAAGUUGUUGGUGUAAGUGUCAGUGUGCGAGACAGAGAGGAUGUGGUUCAGGUUUGGAACGGAAAUGCAUCUUUCGCUAAUGAGGCAAACAUUUUAGGAAGAAUCUACGAGCUCCUUCCACAGAUAUCUUUUAAAGCAGUAUUUUAUAAACCGCACGAGGAGCACCACGCAUUUGAAGGUGGUCGUUCAAGACAUUAGCAGACUUUGCACAUUCAGUGUCUUUCCUUUCACUGUCUCAUUCUUCGACUGUCCUUAGAAAAUGGACUUAAAAAAAAAAAAAAAAAGAUCUCACACCUGAUCGGAAGUGUUUAACUGCUUUACCUUGCAGGAACUGAAAUACUUUAUGUUACAGAUCAGUUCUAAUUUUAGGUAUUUUAAGCUUAGGCUACAGAAAAUCCCUGUGGCUAAUAACUGAAAUGUGGUCUUGGCUAAUAACUGUCUCACAAGGUGAUAUUAGGCAAUAUCUAUAUUGUUCACACAGAAUAUGUUUUAUCACUAUAGAGCAAUGUUGCCAUGAACUUUUUGUGUUUUGUUCUGAUUUUUCUUUCUUUUUUUGUCAGUUAAAUGUUACCCAGUGACAUAAUUGCUGCUUUCCCCUGUGUUAGCCAUGUUAGAAACUUGACAUUUCCUCAGCCACAAAAUUCUGGCGCCUUUUAGGUUAGAGAAUAGUACGUGAGCUCUUGUAUGGUUUAUGCGAACAUGUUGCACAUUUUUGGAUUUUUUUUUUUUUUUUUUUUUUUUUGCUUCAGCCUGAGAUGUAAUCCAGUUACUUUACCUUUUUCUGUUUUCAUUCGUUUUUCCUUUUUAGGCACCUUUCUGUUAAUUGGAUUUCAUAUGAAAUUUAACAUUUUGUAUUUACGUCAUUCUUGUCCUUGUCAGUAGUCCUGUGUGGGAGUUUGGUGUGUAAUGCAGUUAGAAUAUUUCAGAGUUUCAAAUUACUAAUCUAGAAAGAACUAGGACAAUUUUGUAGUAAUUUAUACACAUGUUUAACAGCCCUCUCUUUAGCCAUACUGUAUGAAUGGUGACUUUCUGAAUUUUGUUUGAUGCUGUAUCAAGUUGGAAAAUGUCAGGACAGUCCAAUUAUGAAACUGAUAAAUACCUGUGUAAACAUUUAAGUGGAUUGAAUGGAUGUGUUUAGUUUUUCUGCACCAAAGAGAUUCCCCCGCCCUCUCUCCUCAGCUCAUGUUGUAAAUUCUGAACAUGUGAAAGCGCCACUCCUCAUGUCUGAUGCGAUCUGUUUAGAAGUGCACAUUAGAAGCAAUGGCUGCAGUCUUGCCAUAUGUGUAGUUAAGUCUAAUCAGUGUUUACUGGUCUUUUCAGACAUCCAUGCAGUUUUAGAUCACCUUUGAUUUUAGUGUGAGUUAUGUUUUUAACAUUAAUUGUCAAAUCCAAAAACUACAAGAAGACCUGGGACUAAAUUCUGACCCUGGUCACUAAUGUGAAAAUGCACUGGAAGCACAAUUGUGGGUUUGUCCUUCUAAUGGGCACGUAUGUGGAAGCGGAUAUGCGCAUGCAGCUGACUUUUCAUAUGUACUAUAAAUCUUUUUAUGAAACACAAGUACAGAAAUGGAUCUGUUUAUUUUUCUGAGCAUUCUUGUCAGUAAAUUCAGGGCCCACAGUCAGGAUGCGAGACCUCAAACGGAUUGUUAAUCUUCUGGAACGGUGCCUUGUGUUCUCCCAGGGUUUCACUCAUAGAAUAUUCUGGUUUAUCUUUAUGUAUUUAAUCAGUUAUGAUGUAAAUUGAUUUUUUUUUUUUUUUUUUUUUGCUUAUAGGUUUUGAAAUAUUGAAUAAAGACGCAUUUUUGAGGA